AUGGCCCCCGCCCCAGCACCCCCGGGGAGCCCCACCAGCUCUGAGGUGCCGGUGAUAGGGCUCACCUGGGGGCGAGUGUCUCCAGAGCUGCUCUCUCUUGCUCCUGUAGAUAUUAUUUUAGGAUCAGAUGUCUUUUUUGACCCAAAAGACUUUGAAGAUAUUUUAACUACGAUUUACUUCUUGCUGGAAAAGAAUCCACAGGCUCAAUUCUGGACUACUUAUCAAGUCCGAAGUGCUGACUGGUCUAUCGAAGCUUUGCUCUGCAAGUGGAAGCUGAAGAGCGGCCUGGUUCCCUUGCAUUCCUUCAGUGCAGACAAAGAGCACUUGGCCAGCUCUUCUCUACCAGGAAGACAUACAAUUGAAAUGAUGAUCAUCUCACUAGCACAAUCAGAUGGUACUUAA